AUGGCGAUGCAAGCGGCGAAGAGGGCGAAUAUUCGCCCUCCUCCUGAAGUAAAUCGGAUCUUGUAUAUAAGAAAUUUGCCGUACAAAAUCACAGCUGAAGAAAUGUAUGACAUAUUUGGGAAAUAUGGACCUAUUCAUCAGAUCAGAGUAGGAAACACACCAGAAACUAGAGGAACAGCUUACGUGGUCUAUGAAGACAUCUUGGAUGCCAAGAAUGCCUGUGAUCACCUGUCGGGAUUCAAUGUUUGUAACAUACCUGGUAGUGUUAUACUACAAUGCCAACAGAGCAUUUCAGUAGAUGGAUACAAAGAAGAAGAAGGAACAGUUGAAACUUCUCAAGGAGAAAUAUGGCAUCAAUACAGAUCCACCGAAGCAAACGCACUCUGUAUCAUUUAG